AGCUUUCUUUACCUUCUUCUGAUAUUUUACAUUGGUAUCAGAGCAUCCUCUCUAAUGAGUUUCCCAAUGGCCAAAACCUCCACAGCCUCUGCCUUUGGUGAUUCCUCCCCAACCUCUGGUGAUACCACCAGCAACCCCAACUCUACAGCCACCAUCAUCAACCAAGUUGCCCGUGGACCCAUAUCCUUUAAUCUCGCUGCUUUUCCCUUGAAGCUAGCACCUACAAAUUAUCUCUCUUGGAAAACCCAAUUCACUAGUCUCCUUGCUGGGUAUGAAUUGCUUGUUUACCUGGAUGGGACUCAUCCUUAUCCUGUGGCUGCAGAGCCAGAAUAUAGCCUUCGGGCCCGACAAGAUAAGCUUUUACACCGUGCUUUAAUCACCUUCGUCUCGAAGAAUAUCAUGCCAUACAUUGCUCCGGCACCCAUUGCUCAACAAUUGUGGGAAACGUUGGCCCAUCUCUAUGCCAACGGGUCUCGAACUAGAUUCAUCACACUCAAAGAAUGAUUGUAGAACAUGAGGCAGGAUGAAUGAUCGGUCCUUGAUUAUUUGCGCUCCCUCAAAGCUGUUGCAGAUAAGCUUGGCACAGUGGAUAGACCCUUCACUGAUGAUGACUUGACCAUCUACAUUUUGAAUAGAUUGGGUCCUAAAUU